AUGCGUCUAAGCUGUGUCCUGAUGGCAGUUACUUCCACUGCCGCCUUCGCUGAAGGCGCCUUUGCCGUCGGGCCCAGUCUCCUCUCACCAAGCAAGGCGAACUCGCCCGGCAAUGCACCGUCGAUAAUUGACGACAACCGCUUCCUUAGAGGUUUUGAUGAUUUCUUCGGUGACAAAGGCGACCGGGACCAUCAUGAUUUCGGGGGUCCGCCGCGUAAUUUUCCUUCUCAUGGAGCGACUAAGCCAUAA